GGUACUCGCUGUUAGUUCAGUUUGGUUGAGUUUUGAAUGAGGAGCCAUCGUUUCGGUUGUUCGGUGGUCGUGUACCGACUUGAAAGACUCGCUGGACCAAUUUAAAAUGAAAAAGCUGGAUAUAUUGACGGGUACUUAAGUGACCACCCGGCACUCUUUCGCCUCGCCAGUCGGUUUAGCUGGAUGCUCCGUUUUCUGCUCCACCACAUUUGCACAUUCCAUCUAAUAUUUUCUCAUCGUUAUAUUUUCUGGCCUUUUUCAAAAACCCUAAUGACUUAGUUUUGGACUAUUAGAGAAAAUAGAUUUGGUUGUUGUCCUUUUCUUUCCAGAAGGAUUUUAGAAAUACAGGCUGACGGUUUUAAAUCCCUCUCCCCCUCCCUUGUUCCCUUUACAUCAGAUUAAGAGGCUAACUCAAAACACUCACGUACACAACGUACAUACAACAUGUCCUCCAUACUACCCUUCACUCCCCCGGUGGUGAAGCGGCUGCUGGGGUGGAAGAAGACUCCGGCAGGAGGCGGAGGAGCAGGAGGUGGCAUCGGAGGAGUCGGGGAGCAAAAUGGAGGCGGACAGGAGGAGAAAUGGUGUGAAAAAGCUGUCAAGAGCCUGGUGAAGAAGCUGAAGAAGACGGGGCAGCUGGAUGAGCUGGAAAAAGCCAUCACCACGCAGAACAGCAACACAAAGUGUGUCACCAUACCCAGCAAUUGCUCAGAUCUAUGGGGUCUAGGGUCAGGCCACAUGAUAGAGCAGUGGGACUCUUCAGGCAUGUACGGAUACCCUGACCACAACAGGUCGCUGGAUGGCCGUCUUCAGGUGUCUCAUCGUAAAGGCUUGCCGCACGUCAUCUAUUGUCGCCUAUGGAGAUGGCCCGACCUCCACAGCCACCAUGAGCUGCGUGCCAUUGACAACUGUCAGUUUGCCUUCAACCUCAAGAAGGAUGAAGUGUGUGUCAACCCUUAUCAUUACCAGAGGGUGGAGACGCCGGUGCUGCCACCAGUUUUGGUGCCCCGCCAUACAGAGAUCCUGACGGAGCUUCCGCCUCUAGAUGACUUUACAAACUCUAUCCCUGAAAACACCAAUUUCCCAGCCGGCAUAGAUCCUCCUAAUAACUACAUACCAGAGACUCCCCCACCUGGCUACAUUAGUGAAGAUGGCGAGGCUAGCGACCAGCAGAUGAAUCAAAGUAUGGAAUCAGGCUCACCAGCAGAAUUGUCACCCAACACUUUGUCACCUGUCAGUCAUGGCCUGGACCUUCAGCCAGUAACCUACAGUGAACCAGCUUUCUGGUGCUCGAUAGCCUACUAUGAGCUCAACCAGCGCGUUGGAGAAACAUUCCAUGCUUCGCAGCCUUCUCUCACUGUGGAUGGCUUCACUGACCCCUCCAACUCUGAACGCUUUUGCCUUGGGCUUCUCAGCAACGUCAACAGGAACGCGACGGUUGAAAUGACACGGAGGCAUAUAGGUCGUGGAGUGAGGUUGUAUUACAUUGGAGGAGAAGUGUUUGCCGAGUGCCUCAGUGACAGUGCCAUUUUUGUCCAGAGCCCCAACUGCAACCAGCGAUACGGGUGGCACCCUGCCACCGUCUGCAAGAUACCUCCAGGCUGUAAUCUGAAGAUUUUUAACAACCAGGAGUUUGCCGCUCUGCUGGCGCAGUCCGUCAAUCAGGGAUUCGAGGCGGUCUACCAACUGACCAGGAUGUGUACCAUUAGGAUGAGCUUCGUCAAAGGAUGGGGCGCCGAGUACAGACGUCAGACAGUCACCAGCACUCCCUGUUGGAUCGAGCUGCAUCUCAAUGGCCCCCUCCAGUGGUUGGACAAGGUGCUGACGCAGAUGGGUUCGCCCUCUGUGCGCUGCUCCAGUAUGUCCUAAACAACCUCUGGCUGCCGCAGAAGACAUUUUGACAUUUCAAACUUUCGACCAGCAUCUUAAAGGCUGUACGCCAUGAUGGACAAAACAUCAUUAAGAUGAGAAGAAACGCAUCCAAAGGACCUCAAGGAUGAGAGAAUGAGCGUGCAGUCGUGGAAUGUAAACUUCACAGUGAGCCUGAUUUUAUUCCUUUUUUUCGUCUGUUGGAUCAACCUCAGGCUGACAUUCCAAUCACCAUGGACCUAAUAACUGAAGUCGCUCUGCAUAUCCAAAAUGACAAAGAGUGGUGACCGUUCACGUUUCAGGUAUUUGACUUGAGGUGCUGAACCCAACUCAAGACAACAAGACGGGCGUAUUGGGGGUGAGGGUUGGACUCUCUCGCCCGCCAAGGACACCUUGCCUCCUCACUGCCUCACGACCACGCCACAAGCUGGAUUCAGUGUUAAGAGUUUUCGUUUACACACGUUUGACUCAAAAGUCCGACUGCUACUCUCUGGAUUCAACGUUCAAAAUCGCGUUUCUCCGUUUUCAGUGACCAAAGUACCAUUCUGUUUCUUGGUUGAGACUUUCUCUCCUCUUCUCUCAGUCUCACUGUACCUUUGAAUUAACAUUUGCCCUGUCUCCACACAGUCCGAUCCUGACGCUAACCAGCUAUCACCCGACCGCAUACGUGCACUUGAUCUCGGUGGGAAUCAUUUUAUUGAAGCGAGCGUUCGCCGUCAGCAUUGACGACGGCAAGAGCAGCCGGUCGGCACACUCUUUCUCUUGCUUCCUCACUCUGUUCUAUGCCAUUCCAUCAACGUCGUUGUAUCAAAAGGAGCUGUGGUAGGAUAUUCACGUAAAUAAACUUGCAGGAAGAGAACAUAGUCUGUGUCGCCUCCCCCCAGCUGUCACAGUCCAAAAAUACUGCAUUCUGUUAGUCUCAAUUAUGCUUGAACUGAUGCAUGGGUGUAAUGUAUUGAUAAGAAUUAAGAAGAGUCCUAAAUUGUGGGAUGGUGGGGGCGAUGCAUUGCCUCAACGUUAUAAUUGCACUGCCCCAAAUUAUGCACCCUUUAUUCCUACUACAAAAGAAAAGUUGCCUUUAAUGUAAAAUACGUCAACAAAAACUUUUAAAUUGUACAGAUAGGAAUGUUGAAAACCCCAACAACCUAUUUUUUGAAAUAGUCACUAUGAAAUCAUUUAUGUCCGUCUUAAUUGGCUUAUGGGAUAAGCACUCAUUUGAUUUCCCGGUGAGUUCUUGUCCUCGCCGACAAAAAGCUGGUACAGCAUUUUAAGAGUCCCAGCGUUUUACUCAAAUCUAUUCAAGCUUUAAGCAUUAAACCGAGCAAUUAUACCGCACAGUUAUUUGUGGUUUUAUUCUUUGUGUUUGUAUCUUAAUUAAAUACCUAUAUGCAAAUAAAUGUUUAAAUUUGUCACAGCUUUGCCCAAUGAAAUGAUUAACUUACCAAGUAUGCAGUAUAGGAUACAAAAGUGUCACUUGGCCACGCAUUGAAAACUCAUGAGAAAUGAUCGUUGUCCUGGCUAUCAACUUUGUAUAUUUCUUCACUAUCCCAUUAAAAAAAGAGAUUAGUUUGAAAUGACUUUUUGUUACAAAUUUGGAAUCUAUGAAUAUCAAAGGCCCCUCGAAAAAAAAGGUGGUUACUUGGAUCAUAACUGCAAAUUUCUUAUGCUGUUCCAAAGACAAAUUGCAAGUUUGUACAAAAAAAAGACCUAUAUUUAUAUUAUUACUGACAAAAACCUAAUGCUACAAUUUGUUCCACUCGGUGACAUGUGAUAUUUAUUUGGAUCGGAAAUACUCAAAGCACAACAGAAUUUCACCACCAUCCCAAAAGAUGAAGAAGAGAUGUUACAUGUUUAUUUUUUACAUUGUUAUUUUUUUGUCUGAAGGUGCUGUAGUUUUAAAACCAGGAGUUGAGCAAUACAGAAUCACAAUUUCAUUCCCUGUUCUUUUUGUGAGCGUUCAUAUGGUGGAUUCAAAUUCUAGUGCUGUCUUAUCGAAAACAUUUGAGCAACAUUCAUUCAUUGCGGUUUGCCGUGUUUAAAAAAGAAAAAAAUAGUUUAGGUUGUGCGCGUUUACGGUGGUUUCUCAUCUGCUCUUCGGGGUCAGUGUCGCUCGCUCGUGCCCCAACCAUGAGGGCGUAACCACAACGUCAAGAUCAGUGGGACACGUAGCUGUGGCGUUUGUCUCGCCACAUCUUGGGUGUUACAUUCCAGAUUUAUUGUUUAUGUCGAACACCAAACUGACAAGAUUCGUAAAUGGUGCGCGUCAACCCAAAACGGCGACGUAUACCUAUACUAUACCUUGCGGACCAAGUUGAAAGAACGAUUUGACUUUAGGGCGGCCUUUUUUCCGAUGUUUUGAUCCAGUUGAAUCUUUUCCGUUUGUAUGGAUUAAUUGAAAUCAUACUCACUAGUACAUAAACUGAACUAGCCCAUGGCAGUUAUGUUUAUCGAUAUUUCAUGUUUUUUUUUAACCUUUUUUCGGCAAUACUUUGCUGGAUUUCUCAAUGCCAAGGUCAGGACAUGAUAAAAAGAAAAUGUAGUUUCCUUCAAGUUGUCGUAUCAGUGACACGUAGUGUUUUGUUCUAUGCAUUGACAUCAGAUUGUAUUUUCAAUACAUACAGUACAGUAGGUGUUUCCCCAGUUGAUUAGCUUAUUACUACCACUGUGUACAUAUAUUGCAAGGUUCCAGCGAGCCUCUUUUUUUUUCUCCCCCCUUCUUUAAAUGAGCAUCGCCUUGUUCUGCAGCUGGCGUUUUCACACGGGAGAACAAGCUGAGGCUUUCUGAAGGGCACAUCUACACACAUUCUUAUUAACUGUUUUUUUCUGUGAAGGACAAGUGUGGAUUCCCAAAUGAGCCUCUUUUUUGUCUUUAGAAAACAA